AUGGACGCUCAAGAAGAAGAACUAAAAUGUCCUGUUUGUGUAGAGCCCUUUACAGACCUUGUACGCCUUCCAUGUGGGCACAACUUCUGUCAAACCUGCAUCCGAGUGGUCUGGAACAUGGAUGACCCCAAAACAUCUAGAGAAGGGCCACUGUUCUGUCCGGAGUGUCAGAUCCUCCUUCCUUCUGACCUUAAGCUUGAGAUCAACUCAGAUCUUCAAAGGAAAGUUCAGGAUGUCUUUUCAAGAGCACCUUCGCUGGAAGGAUCAUCUCGUAUGUCACACUCCAUUAUCAUGUGUGAUCAGUGCAUUGGGAAGACUGAGGUGGCUGUAAAGAGCUGCCUCACCUGCGACGCCUCCCUGUGCUCUGCUCACACUCUCCUGCACCAGCAGAGAGAGGCUUUAAGAGGGCACUCUCUCAUCGAAGUGACAGAGGACUUGAUUUCCUUCAAGUGUAAGGAGCAUGGGGAGGAGCUGAAACUAUUCUGUCAGGAGGACCAGACUACUGUGUGUUGUCUGUGCAUUGCGCUUGGGGCACACAAAAACCACCAAGCUGUUACGCUUCAAAAGGCAUGCUCAGAAUUCAAGGAGGUGUUGGAGGCCAACAAAUUACUUCUUCUACAGAGGAAACAUUUAGCUGAGUCUGCUAUAAAAGAUUUGGAGCCAUUAUUUUCAGAGGUGUCGGAAAACGCAGAAGCAUACAGACUCAGAAUAGUUGAGAAAUACAACAAGAUAAAAGCCCAGAUUGAGGAGGAUCAGAAGCUGAUGUUGGCCAUUCUGGAAACAGAAGAAUUUUACACCAAGAAGUGGCUGAGAUGGAGAAAUGAGUCACUGGAGUGUCAUGUUAAAGAUAUUAAUGCUGCCCUAACAUCAAGCCAAUCUCUCCUAGAGGAAGAAAAUGACAUCUUAUUUCUUCAGCAUCUCAAAAAUCAUAGACUUGGGUCCCAGGUGGAAUUGCCACUUGUGUCUGUGAUAGAGCACGAGUACAGCAGCACAGACAAGAUGAAGACAGUCGAGCAGCUGGUUGAUAACUUAGAUGAAGUUGUCUUUCAGAACACUCAGCGGCUGUGGUCUAGUCUCAGAGCAGUAAGUUUAGACCCAGAGACGGCACACCCACAGUUAGAGGUCUCGGCAGACAAGCUGGAGGUACACUGGAGUAAGAAAUCAAUCCCAGAAAGGAAACGGAAAACAAACAUCAGCUCUCAGUACAGCGUCCAGGUCAAGGAGAGAUUCUCCAGCGGCUCCCACUACUGGGAGGUGGCCGUCUGGAAGAAACCCUAUUGGUUGAUUGGCCUGUCAUAUGGGUCAGCUACCAGAGGUCAGGAUUUUGAGCAUCUCAACAGUGACUUUAACAAUGUGUUCUGCUACAUCUAUCAUGGUAAUGGGAAAUAUCUUGUUUGUCAGGACUCAAAUGAAAAGUCCCUGGCAGUGAGCAAAACAAUCCAAAAACUUGGAGUUUGGGUAGAUAUCUCGAAAGGAGUCGUGUCUUUUUAUGAUGGAGAUACGCUAACUUUGCUCCACUCAUUCCGCGUUGAGUUUUCUGGCCCAUUCUGUCCCAUUUUUAAUCCUUGUAUUGACAUAAAUGGCCAAAACAGUCAGCCUCUUUCCAUUGUCCAUCUACGAAACAAAAAUAUUUCGUAAAGCGCCUCACAAAAUGC